AUGCAUACCAGGUAUUGGACUGGUGUAAAAUUGUUUACAAAAAAAUUUCAUUCUUCCAGCAUCAGAUUAAAUGCUACUGUAAUUGAUGGGAAAAGUAUUGCUAAUACUAUAUUAAAUGAACUACACCAGGAGACUCAAGAAUGGGUUUUGAAAGGGAAUCGAGCCCCUCAUUUAGUAGCAGUGUUAGUUGGACAAAAUCCAGCUAGUAAAAUUUAUGUGACGAACAAAAUGAAAGCUGCCAAAGUUGUUGGUAUUGAAACAAAAACAAUAAAGUUCAGCGCAUCAACAAGUGAAAAUGAGCUUCUUGCCUGUAUCAAACGUUUAAAUCAUGAUGAAAAUGUAGAUGGAAUUCUAGUCCAGUUACCACUUCCUGAUCAUAUUACUGAACGGACAUUGUGCAAUGCUGUAGCACCACACAAGGAUGUUGAUGGUUUCAACAUUGUUAAUAUUGGAAGAUUUUGUUUGGAUAUGCAAUGUUUGGGGCCAUGCACACCGUUGGGUGUUCAUGAGCUAAUUCGACGAACUGGAAUUCCUACUCUUGGUAAAAAUGCUGUUGUUUGUGGAAGAUCAAAAAAUGUUGGUAUGCCUAUUGCUAUGUUGCUCCAUGCAGAUAAUGCAGGUGAGACAUCAGCAAUGGAUGCAACAACCACAAUAUGUCAUCGAUAUACACCACCAGAUCAACUAGCUUUAUUUACCAAAACAGCUGAUAUUAUUGUAUCAGCAGCAGGUGUUCCAAAUUUAAUUCGUGCUGAUAUGGUUAAACCAGGAGCAGCCAUAAUUGAUGUAGGAAUAACCAGAGUGGAAGACCCGAAAACAUCUAAAUCAUAUCUAGUGGGAGAUGUUGACUUUGAAAAUGUGAAAGAAGUUGCAGGAUACAUAACACCAGUCCCUGGAGGAGUUGGUCCAAUGACAGUGGCAAUGUUAAUGCGUAACACAAUUGCUGCUGCUAAAAAAACUGUGAUUUACAAUAUACUUGAUCCUGGUGCAGUAAUAUACAAACAAGCAUCACAAAUAAAACCGUGA